AUGGCGGAUGCGGAACGUGCGGCGGUGCAGGAGGAGCAACGGCAAGUCUGCUCCAACGCCAAGGCAGCCGCGGUGGGGUUUCGCCGGGCCAGGUCCCUGAAUAUGGAUGCAUGGAAGAGGGAUCUUUUCAUUGCGUUGCUCGGGCACUAUCUGGAUCAGCCAAACGGCGAAGUCUGGUGCAUGCUUGUGGGCCUCUGCAUCUCGGUGCUGCUGGUGAUGGAGGCAUUCCUGGGCCUCUACGUCUCGCUCUUUAGCAGCCCCUGGGUCAGUGGCAACAAGGGCGAGUCGCUGCAAAUUGGGGCCGCCUGCCUCUUGUCCAUGAUGCUCCUCACCUGGGGGUCCUCCCUUUGCCAUGCAGGGGUGCAGUUGGUCUUCGAUGCAGCUCGGGAAGAUUCCUUCAGCGUCUACCGCGCCCUCUUCCGCAUGGAGAGCAUCAACAGCAGGAGCGGCCUCCCUGCCAGCAAUCUCCAGCUCCAGCCUGAGCAGAGAAAGUGGCGACAUCUCGCCGAUGGCGCCGUUCAGUGCCUGCUGCUCUACGGCCCGUUGGACUUGCUCCCCUUGUUGGUAUCCUUGUGCACCGGGGUGGCCAUGGACUGGCUGGUUUGGAUCUCGUGGGUCUCCUUCGUUGAAGUAUGCCUGUUUUGGUCCUUGGUCUGCAUCAACGACUAUGUGGGCAAGGUGCGUGGACUGUGCCGGCUUUUUCACGCGGAGGAAGGUCUCCUUCCGCCGGUCAGCAGAGCAAGCACGAUCAGGUCUCCCGUGUCCCUGGAGGUCGAGGACGCCCGGCCUCCUCAGACGAACCUGUGCAUUGCUGGGUGCACGUGGCUCCACAAUCAGUCCACGUGGGUGGCACUACUGGGACUCCUGGUCUUGGCGGUUGUGACGGUGGCCGUACGGAACACCAUCACGGAGGAUGAGGAGCCCGAACCGCCGGAUCCAGCAGCUCUGCAGCACGCGGCCAGAAACGGCGGCGAUGUGUUCAGCUCGCUCUGCAAAGCUGUCGCGACCUGCCUUGAGCGCCACUCUCAGCCAAUGCUGCUGAGGAAGGUGGCUGCCCACCCGGCAGUCCAGUGCCAGUGGACGGCCCUACAGCGGGCGCGGGCCGUGGGUCCCGCGACUCAGAUGUGGCAGGUCCUCUUGGAGCGGCCCCAGAUCUUCCAAGUCUCUCCGGAGCCGGAACCUCGAAUUUGGCUCCAGCCUGGCGUCUCGCUGCCAGCCCUGCAGGACGACAGACCCGCCACGACCCACUUUACCGCGGUUGCGGCAGCUGCCGCCGCCAUCAGCGCCGCUGGGCGCGCCGCGGCAUCGGAAGGUGUCCCGCUGCCUGCGCGAAAGGCGCUCUCGCACGCGGCCUCCGCGGCUUUGCGGCCGGACCUCCUGGCAGCUGUGCAGGCCCAGCUCCGCAAGGCAGGAGGGAAGGAGCGGCUUCUUGUUCUCCAAUCCAAGUAUCGACUGACACAGGCGCAAUGCCAGCAGCACUUCGACUUGCUCCCCACAGGCGACGGAGACGCCUGGGUGGUGCUGCGAGACCGGCCGCCGGAACAGGGCUUUGCGGCCCCGGAUGCGGUUGGGACGCUAGCCUGGCAGCAGGUGGCUGCCGUGCUGCCCGCCAACACCUCCAGGGCUGCCAUCGGCCUCGCGAUGGCUACCUGCCUUGACCUGGCGGCUGCGCACGGGGCGCUGUUGGCUCGGCGACUGCUGGCUGCGCUGGCAGAGCCGAAUCUGGGCUUUGGACAAGGCCUUGGUAGGUUCUACCUCAUCAGUGAUGUCUUGCGCAACGCGACAGUGGCCGCGGCUCCAGAAGGCUCCUUGCCGCUGAUCCACUCGCUGCAGGAGCAGCUCCCGGAUGGUUGCGAGGCUUUUGGCCGCUGCUGGCUGCGGAGGAUUGAGGCCCUGCCCUGGUCGCGCAGACCCUCUCCAAGCGGAAUGAUGCCGAGCGCCGAGUGA